AUGCCUCGUCUCAAAGCGACCCCCAAGCGCGUUAUCUUUCAAGUCGCUGAGAGCAUCCAAUCGCAGCUAUGCCCGUCCCACCCGUCCAUUGAAUCAUCUCCGGCCAGCUCCUCAGCAGUUUCCAUAGCAGUUCUGGCGGACUCUCUGGAGUUGUCCGAUUCUGAUCACUCCAGCAGCUCUUCGUCCGUCGCUACUGCCAGGAGUGACUCCAGCAGUCCCUCCAGGCGGACCGGGAAAGCUGGGUUGAAGAGGAAGAAGUCAGUGACGAAACCUGAGGAAGAGCCUAUCUACUGCUCUGAGGUCGCCUGUCUAUUAGCAAGUUGGGUCGGUGAAGGAUUUUGGUCUGACUCCACGCAAUGCGUCAUCACGGCCAUCAACGAGGACGGAAAAGUCGUCAUCGCCUCCGCCGUAGAAGACGAGGAGGCAUGUGCGUGCAUUGUGAGAGUCGGGCGGGGACUAACUCAAAAGGUGUUCAACGCACUCCGGUUGCUGCAACGGCAAGGGGUGGUGGCGGUAAGAGCGACCCACCUAGCCAACACCAAGAUUAGGUUUGAAGUGGGCCUAGCCCCCGGUUUUGUGGUCGACGACGAACUUGGAGCUGAACGCAUCGCGGAGAAGUUGCCUGCAGCCAGCCGGAGAGACCUAGCUGUCGUGUUAGCUUGGGCGGUAGCAGUGACUGCUCAGGAGCCCGUCGGUGGCGAUCUGGAGGUCGGUACGGAGGAUUUCCUUGCUGCAGUGAAGCCCCCUGGAGAGCCCUUACAGGGUACAGCUGAUGUCAUGACUGGCGAGGACCAACUGGCCUGCACUUUGCUAGACUUCCAGCGACACUCAGUCCGCUGGAUGAACCAUGCUGAGAGUCGGCCUCCUGAUGAAAGUGUCCCCCACCCGGCGUGGAUACCCCUGGGGGAGGUCUUCAUCAACCCCCGGCUCCCAGGAGUUAGCAGGUCUGCCGUGUCCCUGAGGCUGAGCUCGGUUCAUGGGGGUAUGUUGUGCGACGAGAUGGGCCUGGGUAAAACGGUAGAGGUCCUAGCUACGGUCGCGACUCGGCCGCGUCCCUCAGACGGCCAAUCGGCGGCUCAGGUUUUGGAUCUGUUCUACAGCUCACAGCUGUGUGCUCUCAAAGGAGUGAACAGUCAGGAUGGUCCUGACGACGCGGUCUCGAAAAAGUUGCGACGGGAAGUUGCCGACCUUCAUGCCACUUACCUUCUACAAGAUGGUUAUGCUAAGUCUUCGGCGACGCCUCCACACGAUGGGAAUCGACCACCGACGUGGUUGGACGAGUACCAUCCUGACAGAGCUCGUGCAUUCAAAGAGGCCUUCGGGUAUCCGGAGAGCUCGAGCCCGCCUGGGGAGGAGGAUGAUGAGGAGUCGCGUUGUCUGACCUGCGACAGAACGGGAGAUGCUGAUGCACCCUGGGUGGCCUGUGAUGUCUGUGAGGGUUGGCACCAUCAGCAGUGUGUUGGCUACAAUCUGCUGGUCAUGGCAAGCUCGGCGUUUAUAUGCCUCAACUGUCUCCACCGUGGGUGUGCUGAGCUUUUGCCUGUGGCCGCCACCUUAGUCGUUGUCCCUGCUAGCUUGCUCCAGCAGUGGGUCCGCGAGAUCGGUCUUCACGCUCCGACCAUGCGGUUUGUCGCCUACACUGAGAGCGAGGAGGGAGUGUUCCCGAGCCUAGCUGAUAUCGUAUCGGCUGAUAUUGUCUUGGUUUCCUACCCUGUGCUGGGUGAUAGCCUCUUGCGGACUGAGUCGGCUGAGUGGGACAGUGCUCAUGCGCUCCGUUACCGUCGACAGUCUGGCAGCUCCACUCGUACACCCUCUGCGCUACUCCGAGUGAGAUGGUGGAGGCUCAUCAUGGAUGAAGCCCAGCUGGCUGAGGGCGGUCACAGUGGGGCCUGCCGUAUGCUCAAGAGACUCACGGCUGUCAACCGUUGGGCCGUCACGGGGACUCCACUCACUCGCGGUGACCUGCGACCAGUAUUGGAGUUUUCGAAGGUCCCAAUUGAGGGUGCUGACGUUAAGGCCAUACAGGAUUCUCCAGGCGGUGUGCAUCGGCUACUGCCGCUGAUGAAGAAGCUGAUGUGGCGAGUGUGGAAGGUUGACGUGCUCGACCAACUGAAUAUGCAAGGCCUGGUCCAACACGUGGUCUGGCAGGAGCUCUCAGCAGUUGAGAUGUUCGGCUAUCGUCGGCUUGAGGAGUCUAUCCGGAAGGAGGCUCAGGGGUCUCUGGCGAAGCGCGGCGCUUCGAGGAACGCUGUGAGCUAUUUGUGGGACCUCACGCGGCUACUGCAGCUGCAGUGCGUACAUCAGGACCUGCGGAUGAAGCAGAAGACGUCGUACACGGGGAAGAGGAAGUCGAGGGUCUUUACUGAUGUCAAAUACAGCACAUUCGAACAGAACGUGAGAGCUCUGAUGACUGCUGCUACAAACAGGGCUGAAGAGGCGCUGCGGAACCUCGUUGCGACAUGGAACGGUCAAGCCGGACUACAGAAGCUGAAAGGAGACGAUGAUGCUGCAAGAGUGCUAUAUACCAAAGUCUUGAACGCUGAGGGUGAGUUCGGCACGAGGGUUGACAACCAACCGAAGAUACAUGCUCUCGUCCACUCUGGAGCUAGCGAAUCUGAUGUCAAAGCGGAGACCGACAAAUUCCUGGUUACCUCGUCCUCCUCCAUUCAAACACACUCGGCCAACUACUAUAAGCUUCGGGAACAGCUGCCUCCUGACUCCAGUCGAUGGUGGCUGGUAGCGGCACCAACAUUGCAGGGCCCAAUGGAGGCUGCUUACUUCCAACAGGACCUCAGAGAGGUUGACGCUCAUGUCACGCAAAUUGUCGAAGCGUUGGAGGGCAUUCCUAUUGACUCGCCCCCGGAGCAUCUGGUCACGGAGAGCAUCUGCUGCGCGAAGUGCCGGGGAAAAGGCCGGCCUGGCCGCUCAUGCUUCUUCUGUCGUUUGGAUCCACAUUUUGAAGGAUAUCAAAGAGUCGCCAAACUACCGCGGUUCAAGAAAAUCGGCCAAGAGGCAGCCAGUGGUUCCGAACUGUUCAAUUAUCGGCUUGGCUGCUUCGAUGAGCUCCGACAGACUCGUCUAACAUACCGUUGGCCGUCGGAAGGGGACGUGCAGCAGACCCGGCCAAUCGAAGGAUGGGCCCUGAACCAAGACCUCGUUGUGUGGAGCCCUGAAGAGCUCGAAGCCAAGCUUGCCGAGCUGAAGGCGGAGGAGAAUGGUGCUGAGGUUACACUGAGACGGAACCUCGGACAUCUGCGGUUCUUGAAGACCCAGCUUCCCACUGAGUCAGAGGAUCGCCCCGGCCUUGAACUCUGCCCAGUAUGUGCCACAGAGAAGCCAACAACAGUCUGCAUGCUACCCUGCGGUCACAGCUACUGCCAACAGUGUAUCAGCACCCUCCUCCAAAGAGGACGAGGGAGUCUCCGUUGCCCAGAAUGUAGAGUCUUCACACGACGCAACGAGAUUGGCCAUAUUGCUGGCGAAUCUACUGAGCCAGGGGACAGCGACUCGUCCCCUGUGCCCAGCGAAAGCGUCAGUGGUUCUGUUCUUAACGAGGCCUUCAGUCCGCUGCCUGAGGCCGCGCUCAGAGCCAUGGAUGUCUCAUGUCGAUUGGUCGGCCAGUGGGGCACUCGGAUAUCGAGUGUCACCCUCUUGGUGAAGUACAUUACUGAGACCCUUAGCGAGUCUGUAUGUGUGUUUUCUAAGUGGGUUCCGGUCCUAAACUUACUGGGCUCGGCGCUCAAAAGCAAUCACGUGCCAUUCGUUCUCUGGUCCGUCAGCAAGUCGAAAAUGGUUGAGAGGUUCUUCGACGGCCGAGUCCGGACACUCCUCUGUCCACUAGCGUCUGCCGGACAAGGACUGAAUCUCACCGUGGCGUCACAUGCAAUACUCCUGGAGCCCCCACCAAAAUACUCCCAAACUGCACAGGCGGCUGCGAGGAUCUGGCGACUCGGGCAACAGAAGGAGGCAACCGUCUGGCACUUCGUGUCGUGCAGGACGGUCGAGGAGGCGAUGUGGACGUUGAGUCGACGAGCCGACCAAGAAGAGGAUGCCGAGCUCCUGCGGGACAUUUUUAGCGGCCUCACUGGCGAGCGAGUUCCAUAG